GGAAUGCAUAGUCUAUCCUCGUAUGAAGUAAGUGGCGAUCGCAUAUAGCAAAGUGCCUUCUCUGACAACACUCCCCCGAACAGAGCUCGCGCCAGAAAGGCCUCCUACCUUGGUAUGGAGGUCGGCGACGAGAACGAGGAAGGCUACGAGGCCGGAUGCGAGAGCGACCCCGCCGCUCUCGCGCGCACGCAGUACCUCCAGGGCCAGCGCAGACUCAGUUCCAGUCGCGCUCGCACCGAGGAUGCUGCGGCCUCCGGCCAAUCGGCCUACGUUGGUCUCGGCCUGGGACUGCCCUUCGGAGUCUCACCUCAGCCGCACAGAAGACCAGCGUACUCCGUCAAGGUCGUCGAUGUCCCCGAAAGCUCCGCCAUCGUUGCGGAGAGGGACAUCCGUCGGCCUGGGACUGGGCGGACGUGGGACAGCUGGCCGCCUGUCGCGCCGUCCCCGUCGUUGUUGCCUAGUCCCACCCUGGCGUUCGGCCCGCCGCCGUCGUGCCCAUCUCCGAGCAGUCCUGCAUGGCCGCCGGUGUCGAUGGCGCCGUCGCCUUCGAUGCUGCCGAGUCCGCGGUGGGCGUUCAUGGGUACUCCGAGACGGCCGGCGUGGCCUCCGGUAGCACCGUCGCCGUCGAUGCUGCCGACGCCAGUCUUCUGAUACUACGGCUUGCCAUAUAGUAGGCAAUGUUACGUAGAGUCAUAUCAGAAUUUGAGAGUGAACGAGCGCGAUCCUCCCCCUUGUGAUUCGCGUGAUGAUUGC